AUGGAAACGAAAUACGGGAGCGCCAGCCGGGCGUCGCGCUUCCAGACUUUCCGUGUGCUCUGGUCGCAUCAUGCAGUAGCUUGCUGCGUCAUCCUCGUGUUGAGCGCGAGUGGCUGUGCUGUGGGACCAAAUUACAAGACUCCCGAGCGGGCGCUGCCGAACCGUUAUACGGAAACUGCCUUGCCGGAACACACGGUGUCGGCACCGGUCGCCCACGGAGGCUCCCAGCAUCUCAACCCAGGGCAGGACAUUCCCGGGGACUGGUGGGCGCUCUAUCGUUCCGAGCCUCUGACACGUCUGGUCGCGUUGGCGAUCCGAAAUAACCCCAAUCUCGAAUCUGCCCGGCAGGCGCUUCGCAACGCGCAGGAAUUGACACUUGCGCAAUAUAGCGGCCUGCUGCCAGCAGUCGGCGGCACCUUCGCCAGAACACGCGGUAACUUCCCUUUUGCGCCGAGUGGCCAGCCGAAUACCAGCAUGAGCUACGGCUAUUAUGAUGCCCAUUUAGGGCUAAGUUACAAUUUCGAUGUCUGGGGCAAAACGAGACGGCUGAUCGAGCAACAGGAGGCUGAGGCCGAUUAUCAGCGUGCCUAUUUCGAGGCCGUGCUGCUGACGCUGACCGGGAACGUGGUCGCGACCGCGAUUAACGAAGCAUCCUUACGAGGGCAGAUCGCAGCACAGAUGCGGCUGAUCGCCAUAGAACGUGAUUACCUCAUGAUGUUGCAACAGCAAUUCUCACUGGGAGGAGCGAACGGCACGGACGUUGCCCUUCAGGAAGCUCAACUGGCGCAGCAGGAGGCGGAACUGCCUCAAAUGGAGAACAGUCUCGCACAAGCGCGCAACGCGAUGGCAGCCUAUCUCGGGGCGCUGCCAGCGGAUGCUGCGCUGCCGCAAUUCGAUCUCUCCGAUCUCACGUUACCGACUGAAGUGCCAGUCGCGCUCCCAUCCGAUCUCGUCAGGCAUCGCCCCGACAUUCGCCAGGCGGACGGCAAUCUUCAUGCCGCGACGGCGGCAGUCGGCGUGGCAAUCGCGAACCGGCUGCCACAGUUCACGUUGACGGGUGACCUCGGCUCCCAAGCUGCCCGGGCCGGGCAAUUGAUGACCCCCGGCAACGGACUGGCAACGCUGACGACGCAAGUUACCAUGCCAAUCUUCGAAGGUGGCAAUUUGCUCCACCAGCAGCGCGCGGCUGUCGCCACGAUGCGGGACUAUGCCGCCCAAUGGCAAAGCACGGUGGUGGGCGCGUUCCAGGACGUCGCGAAUGCCCUGAUGCAAAUCCAGAAUGACAGCCGCCAGCUCUCCGCGAACCUGCUCACCGAGCAGGCUGCUGCACGGGCGCUUGAUCUGGCACGGAGACAGUACCGGCUGGGCGGCGUGUCCUAUCUCACCGUCCUUAGUAGCGAAAUCAUUUACCAGCAGGCGGCGAUUGCUCUUGUGCAGGCAAGAGCCGCGCGCCUGAGUGACACCAGCGCCCUGCUCGUCGCCCUCGGUGGGGGGUGGUGGAACCGCCAAGACGUUCCACCACCUCCUCCCGGCGUCUUCGACUCCCUGAUGCCUUGGAGCAAAUCAUGA